AUGGUCUACUUCAAGUCAAUCUUGUCUUUUGUAUUCAUUGGUAUGCUGGUUUCAACUUCCGAAUCCACAUCCGUCGUCACAUGCAUGUUGUGCCAAGUGCUCAGCGAGCCAUUGGAAAAGGAGAUGACACCGACUGCAACCGUCAAUGCAAUGUUCAAAAAAUGCGAUAAAAUGGGUCUAAUGGAGCCAGUUUGUGAGCAAUUUGUGUCUGAAAAUGUGAAGAUAUGUUCCAACGUGUUCGACAGGGAACACCAACGGACAGCUUAUGCCAGACAAUGCGGUUCUGUGAAAUUUAAAGGAAAUUGGAGAAUUUGUAUAAGUUAUUGUGAAUAA